GUUAAAAACAGGACCGACACAGCUGUGGAGGAGACAGCCGCUACAUGAGCUCCGUCUCCGGUGGAAACAUCACCGACAGCCGCCGUCAGCUCGAAUAAUUUGGAUUAAAACACAAAACCGGAGAGUUGGUCGGACUUGGCUGUGUUUCAGACUGCCGGUAAGCAGCACCGACCAUGCUCCGCUCGGGCUUUCUGUCCUAACAUGACAAAGUAAAGCGGAAUAAGAAAAGUGAGCGGGACUUUUCCGGAUUUUUCUGCUCUUUAAAUGUGUUUUCUUUUGCUCGGUAAUUCCCAAACUGAGUGACUGUCGCAACACGCUGCGGUAGGUGAACUACUGGAAAUCCUGAAAGCGGGCUGUAACCCGGACCUUUCUGGCUCGUUUAAAGGGUGCAGUUUUCACCGUUUUAGUAUCUCUGAAUGUAUUUUCUUCUCUCGGAUUUUAAAUGAAACCGGGGAAGUCAGUGACGGCUGAAAGCGGUGCGGAGCCCGUCGCCUUUUCGCCCUUCUCUCCAUCCACGAUUUGCGCAAGGAAUUUCAGUUUUUGAAUUCUUAAUUGGAGAUGACUAAUCACACAAACAAACCCUUCUGCUCCUUCUCUUCUGCUUGUUAUUUACUCUAGUCUAACCCUUUUGGGGUGAGCACGCAGGAUUCCUGUGUUUUAAGCCAGAGCGCGCGUCAUCUCUCCACUGAUGCCCACUGAUUUAUGAUUUUUGGGGACAUUUAUCGGGUCUCGCGCAAGGACUUGGAUCCGUUUCAGGAGCUCCGGUUUUCUCUCUUUCCCCCAGUUGUCCAAUUUGGAGCAGGAUACUUGUAACUUUAUUUAAAAAAACGCUUUUUGCUUGGAGAAGCCCGCGGUUUGGUUGGCCGUGCCUUAGGUUUGCUGCUGGCCAAGAGACAGUAAAGACUGUUGCUGGACAUUCACGUUUUUUGAGGACAGAUAUAUAUAUAUUUAUAUUGCGCAUUAUCCAAGUUAGGAGCAUCGGAAGAACUGCAACAGCAUCGCGUGGAGGCUAACACCUGCAGAGAGCUUUAUUUAACAACCAUCGGCUACUGGAGCAACUGGGAUUUAACAUCCGCCUGCUGGGAUUUCUACCAUGUCAGGUGUACGGGAUUGCAGAUGGACUCUCCUCAUCUGUGUGGCUGCGCUUUCAUAUGCUCUUGCAGGAAAAAUCUCUCCAACCAGCUCAGAUGCCCUCCUCAGCUCCUCAGCAAUGACAGCCAGUCCUCCACCACCCAAUGUGUACCUUCCCGUCAACUUCAAAAUGUCCAAUGCACAACUGGCUUUCUUCUUGCGGGAAGCUCAGAUCACAGGACAAACCGUUGGCGGCGGCGGCGGCAGCAGGAGCAGCAGUAGCCCCAGCACUGGACACCCACUGCAGCGCUCGGAGAGUUUCGUGGUUUUCCAGACAAAAGACCUCCCUGCCAUCAACAUAAGCUUUGGGCCUUUUGCCCGGGACCAAGCCCUGUCCAAGGAGUUGCUCCAGCCAACUAGUCCGCUGGAUAUCCCCGGCCAGCUGACAGUCAACUGGAAGGUGCGGGCCUUCAUUGUCCAGGCCAGGGUCUUCUCCAACAACCCCACAGUCCAGGUGUUUUUCUACAUUGCUGGCCGUGACUGGGAUGACUUCAAGGCUCAGGACAAGCUGCCCUGCGUCCGUCUGCACGCCUUUCGGGAUGUCCGUGAAAUUAAAACCUCCUGCCGCAUGAAAGGCAACCUGGCACAGUGCUUGGCCCAGCUGGAGCUGCCUCCGUCCUGGUUUAACACCAAUGUAGCCCCACUGGGUCGGAGGAAAGGCUCCACUGACGGGCUCUUGGAUGGGCUGACCAGUGAGACCCUCCAGGCUGAGCUCUACUACACGCUGCACGGGCCCAAUGUGGAUGGGGAGUGCAGCGAGGGCUCCGGUCACAGGGGUGGUGGUGCUUCCAGGGGAGAACCUCUGUCACAGCACCCCCUGCUGCGCAUCGGGAGCAUCAGCCUGUACCAGGCCAGUCAAGAGCAGCUGCUGGUGGACAAGCAGUUAGACAAGAACAUGUUCCUCAGGCUGCCAGAGAAACCCCUGAAGCCAGGAGAAACCCUCAAAAUCUUCCUCUACUUGAUGCCUAACUCCACCGUCGAGCAGUUCACCCUCAAGGUCAAAGCCAAGAAAGGGGUGAACCUGCUCGAGACCAAGUCGAAGAACGCCCAGUGGAAGGUGGACUGGGAGGUGCAGUCCGGCGCCAAGCACUCCAUCACCACCAUCGAUGUGAACAAGAACAAAGCAGUCAAACAGGGGGAUGUAUUGGGCAAUGUCGAGGUGAUGCAGUUGGACUUCGAGAUGGAAAACUUCACCAGCCUCUCCGUGACCAGAAGGAUCAAUUGGAACAUCGACUACAAGGGGCAGAACCCGCCUCCCGAUUCAGAGAAGGUGGUGACGGAGUUGACGGUGGUGCAGCGAGAUAUUCAGGCCAUCAUCCCGCUCGCUAUGGAUACCGAGAUUAUCAACACAGCCAUUCUGACCGGACGCACUGUGGCCAUUCCCGUCAAAAUGGUCUCCAUAGAGAUGAAUGGAGCAGUCACUGACGUCUCAGCCUUUGUGCAGUGCAAGUCCUCCAAUGAAGACAUUGUCAAGGUGUCCAUGAAUUGCGACUACGUGUUCGUCAACGGGAAGGAGACGCGGGGAUCCAUGAACGCGAGGGUUAUCUUCAGCUACGAGCACUUGAGCGCACCGCUGGAGCUGACCGUCUGGGUGCCCAAACUUCCCCUACAGGUGGAACUUUCCGACAACAAUCUGAGCUUCAUCAAAGGCUGGAGGGUUCCCAUUCUGCCCGACAGAAGGAGCACCAGAGACAGCGAUGCAGAUGAUGAAGACGACGAGCGCCGGGUGAGCCGAGGCUGCACCCUGCAGUACCAGAGGGCUCUGGUCAAGGUGCUUACCCAGUUUCACACCACCUCCACAGAAGGCACCGACCAGGUCAUCACCAUGCUGGGGCCUGACUGGCAGGUGGAUGUCACAGACCUGGUCCAGGACUCCCUAAAGGUGGCCGACCCCAGGAUAGCUGAGUUGGUGGACAGGACGGUGUUGGUGGGUCUGGAGCUGGGAUCGACUGUGCUGAAGGUGGAGUCUCCACUGGCAGUGGAUGCAGUAUUGGGAGAGUCUGCGUUUGCGGUCACAGAUGACAAGGUUUCCAUCACGGAGAUGCGUGUUCACGCCAUCUCAGGCCUGACCCUAUCACUGCAGCCCAGCCCCGGCAACAGCCACACCAUGGUGGCCAAGGCAACCGGCAUCCAGACACUCACCACUCCCAAGCAGGAGGCCAGUUUGUCUGUUUGGAUGCUUUUCAGUGACAACACAGCCGCCACUCUGACUUACUUUGAUCCUAAAGACUACAACCUCAACGCCUCCACACUGGAUGACAGAGUUGUGUUGGUGUCCCAGGAGCCUCAGCAACGCUGGCCUGUGGUGGUGGCAGAAGGGGAGGGAUCUGGCGAGAUGGUGCGUUUAGAGAUGACCAUCUGUGAGGCCUGCCAGAAAACCAAACGCAAAAGCGUCAUCGCAUCUGCUUCGGUUUAUGUCAAGGUCCGCUUUGGCCCAGAGGAAGAUUCUGAGGAAGAGGCAACGACCGAGGGCGAGAUAGAGCUGGCGCCUGUCACCAGGCGUCCAAUCAUUGAUCCGAACAGCAGUGGAAGAGUUUAUGAGACAUCUAAUGAGCAGCCUGCCAGUGUUCCCAUUGAUUACACCAAUUUUCCCACCAUUAGCAACCAGGAGCGACCAACUGAGAGCGAUGAAGAGGAGGAAGAUGACUUUGUGCAUUCACCUCGUAACAUGACCGACCUUGAGAUCGGCAUGUAUGCUCUGUUAGGCGUAUUCUGUCUUGCCAUCUUAGUCUUUCUCAUCAACUGCAUUGUCUUUGUACUUAAAUACCGCCAUAAGCGGAUCCCGCCCGAGGGUCAGGCCAACAUGGACCAUUCCCAUCACUGGGUGUUCCUGGGAAACGGCCAGCCACUGAGGGCCCAGUGUGAUCUGUCGCCACAGCAGGUAGAAAGUCCCAGUAACCCUCUGGAGGGCGUACAGACUUGCUGCCAUGGGGACCACCACAGCAGUGGCAGUUCCCAGACUAGCGUUCAAAGCCAGGUACACGGGCGGGGUGACGGCAGCUCCGGGGGCUCCACAAAAGAGAACGGCGAGGAGGCCAGUUCACCCACCUCCAAGCGCAAGAGAGUCAAGUUUACCACCUUCACCACCCUUCCCACAGAGGAGCUGCCCUAUAACUCCAUCCCCAUUGCAGACGAAGAGGACAUUCAGUGGGUUUGCCAGGAUAUGGGCUUUCAAGACCCAGAGGAACUGCAUGAUUACAUGCGCAGAAUAAAAGAAAUAGCCUGAGAUAAGAGGUGCAGUGUGAAGCACAGCUCUCAGCUUUCUAAAGAAACGUUCCUUUCUAUUUUUCUCUUUUUCACCUAAGUGAAAGAUAAUUUUUCACAGACUAAAAGGCCAACUGUUGUUUUGGUUAGGGUGUGUUCCAUUUAGUUUGCACAGUGCUGUAAUCUCAUACACGCUCACACAGAGGAGAAUGCAAGGAAGCCAAAGACUUGACCAGAGGAUCUCAAUCACUAGAGAAAUCUGUAAAUCUUGGCUACAGGAAACAUUGUUUCACGCGGAAAGCUGAGCCAUGACCAGAGGUGAGAGCUGCUCCAGCUCUCUGAUUUUCAGGAUUUGAUUUGAAAGAAAGCCUGAUUCGGACAGGAAUGUAGAAGAGGUUCAGUGUUAGCUGUGUUUUUGCUGGCUCAGUGGGACUCUGCAGUACUGUACCUACUCCAAACAAAGAUGCCUUUGAUGAACAAAAACUGUCAAAGACUCUCAUAAAAGCUGUGUUAAAAAAAGUCAUUUUGUUUUUGCCAAAGUAGGAAAAGCGUUCUUUUAGUGGCGAAACUUUCUUCAUUGUUGUUCUUGGUGCAGCACACUCAUGAUUUGUACUCAUGUUCAUUCCUUACAUUUUUCUACAUUUCAUAGGUAGUCGAAAGCAGUGCCCUACUAGUCCUCUUGGUCCUGAACAAAUCUAAUGCCUUAUAAAAAUGGUCACGGUUCACUUCUUAUAUCAGCGCGGACACCCUGUUUUCUCACUGCGGCUAGAGACGGCGUGGUAAGAUGUAAAAUACUACGACUGAUCUCGAGCAUGAGGUAAAAUUAGAAAAGAGCUUGUGUAUUGUGAGGAUCUCUAACGUUCUUUGCAUGGAAGGGGAUCUCGAGGCACAAUCAGCAACUUUUUUUUUCCAAAUUUGUAAAUGUUUGUAUUGUAAUUAUAUACUCAUUCAUACACAAAGUAAAUAUGUUAUCAUGCAUCACACGCAUGCCGUGUCAGGCCUACAUACAUGCAGACAUUCCUCUCUAGUAUAUGUAUAUACCGUAUCGAGCCAGCGUCGCCUCCCGCACGAACGUUCAACAAGUUACUUACUCAGAGCUGGAGUGCGGAGUCAGUUGAAAAUUUUAUAGUCUCGUGUUGAGUAGAUGGUUCCCCUCGGUAAAUUUCAUGACAGAACUGUAGCUUUUUAACAAAGUGGUGUCACAUUUGACUGUUGAACAUGGGGAUUUGCUAUGCAUCAGAAUUGCAACAGAACUAAUCUUUUGAUAAGUUAUUUCUCCUCCUCGAGUUCGGUUGGCCUCUAGUCUUUGGGUAAAAUAAAAAAAUGUACUAGUUGGAAAAACUGAACAUAAGAUCCUCUAAACUCUCCUGGAAAUAUCAUUUACCACGAAAAGAAGAAUAAAUAAUUGAUUUUGUUCCAUCAUUUAAAUCAUGACCAUCCCAUGUUGUCAUGCUGAUUUUAAAACACUCUUUGUAGUCCCUUUUUUGUUUAAUCUGUUCCAGUGAACUCGCAUCUGGAUGUCACAGAUUUGCUUUGUUUGAGCUAAAAGGACAGAGCGAGAGACAGGUAGCAAAGAGUGGAGUUGUUGCUGGCAGAUGAGCUGCGUGGAUGCGAAGGGUGUAAAAGUAUCUCAGGAAGCUGAUUGGCUUCAGUGACAAAUCAAAGUGAUUGAAAACAGCACAGCCGCUGGAUGUAGUCUACAGGUUUUGUUGUGCAGCAACGUCUUAAUUGCUGUUGAGCAUUUAAAGGUUUACUGACAAGGCUUUUAAAUUACACUUAAGCAGAAAAGAGGGAAGAUCUGGCAGGUUUAGAAAGAGCAUAAAACAUCUCAAGCAAGAUUUCAACCAAAACAUUGCAAGGCAGCCAGACACAUCGUAACUGAGAGCAUGAUGACAGCAGAGCUAAUAGUAUUUUUAAUUGCCGUUGCCCUGUUAGCGUAGCGUAUGCUUUUUAGUAGUAAAGUGGAUGAUUGGAGAUGACUUUUGAAGGCUGGUGUUAUUCAAGCUCUGAUCUCACAUAAAACAACUUAUUUCCAAGACUAAUGAAGCAACUAUGUGAUGAAAAUUUGUUUCCGUGUCACUUUUCCUUUAAUUCGGUGGUGCAUCUAAGGGCUUGGAUUUUUCUUUUAUGUUAACUGACUGGUUUUGGUGAUCCUGUGAGAAAACUAAUGUUACGUGCUCUUUGGUGAUAAUGAGCAUAAGCUCUGUUCGUCACUCAAAACAUUUUAUUGCCAUCCUACCUGCUUUUCAACCCCCGCAGCCUUAUUAAAGACCCAAUCCAGAAUUGUUCUCCUUGAGGCAGCGUCAUUAUAAAAGGGACAAAAACACUGAAGACAGAUUUUAUAUUUACUUUAAAGACAUGAGUCCUGAGCUCCUUAUUCAUUGAUGUGUGACAGCUAAACACAUGCGUAAAGUGUGAUCUAAAGAUGGUUUACAUACAGCAACAUUGUAAAUAUUGGAGCAAAACAGGCUUUAAUUUUCUCUGAAAGUUGCCAUGAGAUUAUUUUUCAUCAGUAAACCAUCAAUAUUCGUCGUGUAUAUAGACCCACAUUUGAUCCUGGAUUGGGACUUUUAAGGAUUUGGUUUACUGCAUGCCCUCUCUAUGUUCCAUGUGGUUGAAAUGAAUAAUGACCUGAUUCUAGUGUUUAAUAAUAUUCAAUCUGUGUUAACAUCUAAAGAGAAGAAGAGAUGUUCUUUUCGACAGUCCAAGCCCGUCCUUCAGCCACAGCAUCAACAUGAUUUGCCAUGAAAUUAGGAGAAGCAGCAGCCAGCGGGAAGCAUUUCAGUUUUAACCUUAAAUGAUGGUUUCUCAGGAUGAAUGUAGGAUUUUAAAUUAAACCUGGCUGUUCAGUGUAAAUGUGGUCAGCCCAAUCUGGUGACGCUACUGUAACAGAUUAAGUAUCUAAUAGCAGCUUUAAACACUGUUUCCUCAGUUUUUUUCCCAUUGAUUUACUCACAUUAUGUAAAUAUGUUGCCCAUUACAUGAUGCAUUACAUUACAUGAUGCAUCUCAAAAAACAUUUUAUUUUGUGCAUAUGACGUCUUUUUUUGUAACGCUGCUUUGGUGACAGUGCACAUGUUGCUCAUUUUGUAUUUUCAUCAAGCUGCUAAUAGGAACUUGGUCUUUUUACAACGUAUAAUUGAACAUCUUGAAUUGUACCCCCAUCACCCCCAUGGGAGACUGUGCACGAUGUGCACGGCUCAGUCGGCUGUGCCAAGUUAACACAACACUCACGAUAAUAUGUUAAUGUACAGAGCACUGUUCAAUUUCCUGUAUUCUCUUGAAAAUAAACCCUUGUA